CUGCUGCCGCGGGGCGAGGAGAGCUGGGAACCUGCGGCAGGGGCAGGGGCAGGGGGGAAGGGCCGCCGAGCACCCGGUCAGUUCGGAGACGAGGGGCCGAGAAAGGGAGUGCGACCCGGUUUCUGCAAACGGCUGUGGUUUUGGGGCUGAAGGAGAUAUUUCCAUGAAGCGAGUUUCUUUUGAAGACUGACAGUCUCCAGUUAUUCUUAGCAUGCAAAUAUUUCCAACAAUGAAGAUGCACCGUUCUCUUAGGUUGAAGUUUUAACUUUAUGAUGGAGGUUUAAACAUCGAGGGGCAUAUACCUUUUUUUGGAAGGAGCUUUGUUUCUGUUCAAUUAUUUUUCAAGAAGGCAGUUGUCUUAACUGAGAUCUUCGCUGUGGAAUCCUAUUUCUUCUAAGAUUACUUUAUAAAGUGCAUCAUUCAGUUGAACUUCAAAUAUUGAUCACUUUGCUUUAUUUCAAAUAGAGAUACUUAAUUAGUUUAUUUUUAACAUGAGAUUUUGCGAGUUCAAGAUAAUGCAGCUACGAAUGAGAGAAAAAAGCAAAUUCGAAACAGAUUUUUUCCCUCAAAUAAGACAGUUGUCACAAUAAGACCCUAUGCACAUUGGCUGCUGCAUGUAUACAACAUAACUUGGGAAGUACACAGUUGAUUUAUUACAAUCCUUUCAUAAAAUUUAAUAUAUAAAAGUCCAUCCUGGAGUUCAAUUAAUAAGCUAUAUUUAAAUCACCCCACCAAGUAUUUGGCUACAUUCUGGUGAUAUGAGUGCCAUUCUCGGUCUGUCCAAAGUACGAAGUCAAAACUUGCUGUGAACUCCUGAUUUGAAGGAACAAGUCUUGUGUAUCAUUCACUCUCCCUUCCAUUCUCAUUAAGUUUUUUGCCUUUCCUCUCUUCCACUACUACCCCAUCCUUGGCCGCCAACCACUUCCAGGCUCAAACUUACUCAAACGAGGUAGCCAUUCUUGCAAACUAGCAGUUAAUAUUAAUACACUGCAGUGCAUGGAACCUGGUAAGUUAGGGCCUAACUAUUUUAAUGAAAUGUUUAGUUAGUUUCCUAAGCCUUGCUGCAUUUUUAAAAAAUUAUACGCCUGCCUGAGUAUUCCAGUCUUAAAAUUGAAACUUACGUCCAUAAAUUUUUACCUUUGAAAGCCAUUAACAAAGCUCCUCCCAAAAAAAAGGUAUGCCCUUAUUCUGCAAAAUAUUCUUCAUGAAUAUAUUUCAAAAUCAACAUUUUGGCAACUUUAGAAUAGGUGGUGAUCAAGAACUGCAAUAUGACUUCUCUUCAGAACUUUACCGUAUUUCAACAUUUGCUAAGUUCCCACCGAAUGCUUUGAUAAGUGAAAGGAGCCUUGCACGUGCUGGAUUCUAUUACACCAAUAUAGGUGAUAAAGUGCAGUGUUUCUCUUGUACUGUUAUUGUUGAAAACUGGCAACCAGGAGAUAAUCCUGUUGAAAGGCACAAAAAGGCUAACCCAAACUGCAGUUUCAUUAAUAACCUGCGGUCGGGCAUUGACUGUUCUUCAAGCCGCUCUCAAUUUUCUCUGUCAGGUGGCUCUUUUUUUCAUUCGUCUUAUUAUGAAAAUGCAGCACCAACUGAUUUGUACUGUAGCAAUCUCUCUGAUCCUGUGGCCUCCAGAAGCGUGGAAGACUUUUCUCAACAAUUGCGAUGCCCUCAUUACAAUGCAUUUAUGCGUAGUGAAGAAACAAGACUUCAAACUUUUCAGAAUUGGCCUUCCUAUUCUUCUUUAGUUCCCACAGAGUUAGCUAAAGCUGGAUUCUAUUAUACUGGGGAAGAUGAUAAAGUUGCAUGUUUUGUUUGUGGUGGAAGAUUAGGUAACUGGGAACCUGGAGAUCGUCCAUCAACUGAACAUAGAAGACAUUUUCCAACAUGCCCUUUUGUUUUGGGGAAUGAGAUUGGUAACAUUCCUAUGAAUAACUCAGAAUCGCAAAGGCCAAAUCCACAUGCUGCGAUGCAUCCAAGACAUCCUGAAAUGCAGUCUUAUGAUAGACGGCUACAGACGUUUUUGAGAUGGCCAGUGAGGAAUUUUAUUCAACCUGAACAAUUAUCUAGAGCUGGUUUCUACUAUGUUGGUCAAAAUGAUGAUGUAAAAUGUUUUUAUUGUGAUGGUGGCCUGAGAAGUUGGGAGGCUGGAGAUGACCCGUGGGUGGAACAUGCAAAAUGGUUCCCAAGGUGUGAAUAUCUUCUUCAAGAGAAGGGACAGACAUUUGUAAAUCAGAUUCAGACAAGGUUUCCACAUCUGCUUGAUUUCCAGCUACAUUCCAGUUCUGAUGAUAUCUUGGAAGAAACUCAAACAGCAGUUAAUUUUGAGCCUGGUGAAAAUCGUACAGAGGAUGCAGUCAUGAUGAACACACCAGUUGUUAAGGGAGCUAUGGAAAUGGGUUUUAGUCGAAAACUUGUGAAACAGACAGUCCAAAGAAAAAUUGUCACGAGUGGUGAGAAUUACAAAUCUGUUAUAGAAUUAGUGACUGACUUAUUGAAUGCUGAAGAUGAAGAAAGACAAGAAGACAGAGAAAGAAAAAUGGAAGAGUUGGAUGAAGAUGUAUUACUAUUGAAGAAAAAUUGUGCUGCUCUGAGUCAUAAUUUGACCAAUGUAACGCCUUUGCUGGAAGAUCUAGAAAUUCAUUCUGUUAUUAAUAAAAUGGAAAGCGAUGUGAUCAAACAUAAAUCUUGUGCAAAUGAACAAGUCAGAGAACUAGUGGACAUGAUCAUUUGCAAAGGAAGAGCAGCAGCUGAAGCCUUCAAAGAUGUUCUUUUGAAACACGAGCCUGAAUUGCAUGAAAAGUUAUAUGUUCAAAAAAGCCUGUCUUAUUCUCCAUCAGAUGUGUUGGGUCUAUCGAUGGAAGAGCAAUUACGAAGAUUGCAAGAAGAAAGAACUUGUAAAGUAUGCAUGGACAAGGAGGUCUCGGUUGUGUUUAUAACCUGUGGUCAUUUGGUUGUUUGCACAGACUGUGCACCCUCCCUUAGAAAGUGCCCAAUCUGCCGUGAUACUAUCAAGGGAACAGUUAGAACCUUCCUGUCAUAAUCUUGUAAUUCGUUGUCGUUAGGUUGCAAUUUCAUUCUGCCAUACACUAUUUUCAACAGUAGCUGGAACCAGUAAGACAUUAUGCUUAUCGUCCUGUGUUCAUUACAUUUUAUCGUCCUUGACUUUUUUGGUAAGGCGAUAAAUACCGAUUUGUGAAAGUCCUCCGGAAGAUUUCCUGUCAUAUAACUGUUGUUUAAUAUCACUAAAAGGUUCAUUUUUCCCUUCGGACCAAGUGAUUUCAGAAUUUCAGUGGAAAUCUGAUCUUCACUGGUGGCCUUUCUGACUUGUAGACUGCGAAUUGGAUGUUUCAUCUCUGACAUCAAUAUUUUAGGUUGAUUAGUCCAUUGAUUUAAUUCUGGUAAAUAUUCAAUCCUGCUAUCUUCAAAGAAUUCUGAGAUGUACUCAACCCAUCUGUCCAUGGUCUUUUCUUUUUCAUAGCAUGGAUUACCACUACCGUCUUUGAUACACCCUGCUGAUGGCACGGUCCUCCUUAAUUAAUCUUGUAAUUAAUUAAAUAUUAAUGAUGCUUUUCAGACUAGAUGUACAUUUUAUUUUUGGUGAGAGUGAAUGUUUUAACCAGAGACAAGUCUCUGCUCUUCAGGCCCUUUACUAUUGAAUGCUUGUGUGUUUUGUAUUUUAAUUUGAUAUAGAAUUCAUAAUUUCAAUUUAAAAUGUUGUUGUGAUGACAUGCUUAUAAAUGAUAUUGGCAAUAAUCACGUUUAAGAAUGCUUUUCAUCAGUGUAAUUUUACUGCAUUGCUAACUUAUGAGGUGGGUGAGUUUGAAAGUGGCAAUUGUAUGAUAACGUUGCAAAGGUAUUUUUAUAUAAAUAAUGCAUCCUUAUUAAAAUAUCUUAAUAGGAUGUUUGGCAAGGCAUGAAGUGCGAAAAAAUACAAGAUGUGUUUUAAUAAAAAUGAAAGUGUAUUUUUAGUUUUAGAAUGACACUAAUUCAAAAGCAUUAUAUUUGCAUUUCUAAUUCAGCAAACUGCGCAUAAUUAGUUGACUUAAGUUCAACAUUCUGAAAAUUGAAAGUGUUGCAUGUGGUGCAUAAAUAUUAGGGUUUGAAUAAAUGUUUAAAUGCUU